UUGUUUUUAGGUUUUGUAUAUAAUCCACCGCUUGUGAUUUGAACCAAUGACCUAAGGAGUUAAAGUGAUGUGCUUAACACGGAAAAUGGUCAUAACGUUUCAUAUACUCAUAAAUGUCAUCAAAAAGUUGGUCGUUGUGUAAACCAAGGUAGAGGAGGUGUAAACAUUAACAGUAGGGAAAGAAGGGAACAAAGCCACUUCCGCAGUUGAGUUAAAUUAUUAAAAUACAAUAAUAAAUAUUAAUUCCUUUAAAUGCGACGAUCACAACGACUUAUUAAAUAUAAAGAUGUUGCGGAUAAACCUAAUUGUUUAGAUGAUAGUAGCAAAUUACUUGCUGAAGAUCGGAAUUUUAAACAACAUAUUCAAAUUUUAGAAGCCAAAACGGUUAACGGAAGUAACAGUAAUGAAAGCUUAUCUCAGUUAUUUAAAAAAAUAAGUGAGGAUCAAGGCACAGACGUUAACAAAAAUACAUUGUUAAAUACUUCUAAACCCAACGUUGAGGUACAAGAAGUAAAUACAAGUACUAAUAACACAUCAAAAGAAAAAAAUUUGAAAUAUAUAAAGCGGACUAACAAUAAACAAUGUCCAACCGCGCCAUCUGCAGCACCAACUACUAAAAGAGGCAGAAAAAGAGGAUAUAGUAGGUCUAAAAACGUUAGACAACAUAAAAAAAGUCGAUUCGAAGCUGCUUCAAAUGAGGAUGAAGUGAAAACACCUAUCAUAUCAAUUGACAAUUAUUUUAACCCCAUAAGAAAUCCAUUGCUGCAAGUUGCGGCAAAUGCACAGCCGAGGCAGAAUAAUGAUUUUUAUUCCUACAAUAAAAACUCGCUAUUACCUCCGGUGUAUCCGAAUCAUUUUGUCAAUCAAAACUACACCAACACUUUAAUUAAUCCACAACAAUUGCAGUCUUUUGCAGCGAUGGAGUCAAAUGUUCAACCAGAAAUACACUUUCCCACGCCAGAAUUAACACAAUCACUUGAUUUAGAUUCAUCCACUUCUACAAUAUCGCUGCCGGAAUCUCUUCGCGAACUGUUCGGAUGUGAUGACAUUCGCGAUGUUUUAAAAUUGGAUAAAGUAGUAUUUCGAAUGCGUCUAUUGCAUUUACAAACAUUGGCAUAUGUGUUAAAUAUAGAGUUUAAUUAUUUGCGUGAUUUGAUUGAAAAAAUAAUGAAGUUGGAUACAGAGACUUUACAGAAAGUAAUUUUUGCUUUUCAACCGGAAGCAAAUUUUAAAUAUAACACUGAAAUCAAUAAAUAAUUAAAUCUACAAUAAUUCACAGUGGUUUUAUAAAUAAAUAUAAGCAAAUAACAGUGUAAAGUAGGUCAAACUGAUUAAACGCAUAUUAAUUGGUUUGUCUUUAAAUUCAAAAAAAAAAAAAAAAACUAUAUUAAUACCCUCUUCCUGAUAAUAUACCCUUUGCCAGAAGGAAACGUAGAAGACCUUUUAAAAUGUAUAUAUAAAUGAUCAACGUGAUAAGCUGAGUCGAUUUAGCUAUGUCCGUCUGUAUAUAAGCGAAGCAGUCCAUCAGUUUUUAUAGUCUUGCAACAUGUUGCGACAUAGUAUAAUAGUUUUGUUUACCUAACGGUUGUACGUAUCACCUAAAACAUAUGUAAAUGAUCAGGAUGACGAGAAAAGUUGAAAUC